GGGGACCCCGCAUGCAGUUGACCUCGGUUAGCAAUGAGGACAAGUGCGAUUUGAGGAAUUACACCCUCACAACUCCAAUUUCAAGUUCUCUGACCCGGAAAUCCAACGCUUUUCCAUGAGAAUCCUGCAAAGCCCACGACCGAAACAUGACAGGUCUUAACGACAGCAACAGUAAUGAGCCAGUCUCAAAACGCCGAAAAAUCCAGCUGCCAGCGCUCCCCAGUCGCCCGGGAAGUGGGUUGUCAAAGUCGGUUCGGAAGAAAACCGUGGAGGCUUGUCAAAAAUGCCGAGAGAAACGUAUCAAGUGUAACGGAAAGUGGCCCUGUGAAAGUUGCUGCAGGAAAGGCUACGAGUGUAGUCUGAAAUCCACAACACAGGAUGACCAUAUUCAACUGACCAAUGUCAUGGAUCAAAUACUCACGCGGCUAGGUCGGGUCGAAGAGAUCAUGCAAAGGAAACCUGAAGGUUUUGGAAUAAAUGAGGGACAUGAUGAUGCACUUAUCAAAGACGGGCCUAAAAUCUCCUCUGUCACAGAGGUGAAUCCACAAACGGGCUGUUUUGAGUACUAUGGUGAAACCUCCAACUUUUUUAUAGCCAAGUCCCUAGCGAGGAGACUGCAACAUUGUGCGGACCACAUUUAUCCAUCGUCUCGCGAUCAGGACGAUGCGCAAGCGCGAGUGGGAAACUGGAGCGCCGAAACCGAUAAACUUGGCUUGCACACCAUGCUGGACUCGUACGACCUCGUCAUGCCUCACAACACAGCCAUCCGGCGAUAUCAGACGCUCCAGAAGGAUGUUGCAGAUCGGCAUUUGGAAAACUUCUUCGCCACCAUCCAUAUCUACUUCCCGAUAUUUGAUAUUCCAAGAUUUCGAGCCAAGUACUCUCGCCUAAGAGACCUCUUCGGCUCAAAUCUAUUAUUCACUUCGCCGCGAGAGAACCAGGUCCAGCAACAAUCGUUGUGCCUGCUAUACGCAGUUCUUGCUCUAGGUGCAUUAUAUGCCGACGAUGAUGACAGCUCAUCCUGGGCUUCUUGGUAUUUCUCUGAGGCGCAAGAGUUGCUCGGACGCUUGUUUGAUGCGGUCAGUUUAGAAUUGGUGCAAGCAGGAAUGUUCAUGGGAGCUUAUGCACAGCAUGCUCUCAAACCAAGUUUGGCCUAUACCCUGGCGGGGACCGCGACUAGAAUGGCAUUUUCCAUCGGCCUAAAUGUUGACUCCAACCUCACAUCACACGACUGGGACGCUGAGGAAGGGCGGCGCACGUGGUGGAUGAUAUAUAUCCAGGAGGUCGAAUUGAGCGUGGACUCCGGCCGGCCAAUGUCCAUCAGCAAAAGUGACAUUAUAGUCGACCUUCCGAAGGAGUACGGCGCAGUUGGCACGACUUCAGGCUCAGAUCAGCCACACCGACCGACGGCUGAGUUCAUAAAAGCUCUUGCGGGAGUCGCUCAGAUAACCUGUGCUAUUUUGAAGUUUGUUGCGAGAUGUGGCAGCGCUAUUGGCAGAAAGAGGUCGUCCGCUGCCCAGAUUCCGUCAUUCGAUGAUCGGUUGAACCAGUGGCGGCAAUCGCUCCCAGCCCUGCUCAUCUUCGAAGAUGAAGAUCUUCGUCGAGAGUCAGAUACUGCCAACAGCUGGAUCUCACGCCAGCGGAGCAGUCUUCUUGUCCACUACAAUCUCGCUCUUAUCGUCCUACAUCGGGUUUCUUUCACAAAAGCUGACCUCUUGGCGGCUAGUCACCUGGUCAAGAACUCUCAGUACACUUGUAUACAAGCUGCGCGUGCUAUCAUUCUGCAUGUGCAUGGCUUGUUUGAGGCCGCGCCUUGCCUGAUGCGCUGGAGAUAUUACUGCUAUUAUUGCCUACAGGCCACCUUGGUACUUUUAAUGAAAGUCAUCGACGAGCCUGCGGCCGAGGAAACCAAGGGAAUAGUCGCAGCCUGCCAGCUGAGCAUUAGCGUCUUUAGGCAAAUUAAUCUCAAAGCUGCUAAGCGGUGUGCCGAGAUAGUGACCCAAAUAAUUGAACGUUGGAGAAGGCAACAAGAUGUUGGGGAGGCCAAUUCAGAAGAUUUGUGGUCAACUUUCGAUGCACCUGCAGGAGCAACGCAUCUGGAGCCUAUGCCAGAGAGUCAUGAUUUGGACCUCCCCAUCAAUGACGAUCUAUGGGCCUAUUUCGCGGACUCAGAAAUGCAUUCACGCUCAUUCGAAAGUUGGUUGGAUAUCUUGAAUGCGGAGGACCUGGAUAAAGAUCGAACUACUUAA